AUGAGCCAUCUCCAGCCUUUGGAAGAGGAGGCAUAUGAUAUGUCAGGUGCCCGCCUAGCCUUAGUGCUGUGUGUCACUAAAGCCCGGGAAGGGUCAGAGGCAGACCUGGAUGCCCUAGAGCGCAUGUUCCAGCUGUUGGGAUUUGAGGCCAUCAUGAAGAGAAAUCCCACUGCCCAGCAAUUCCAGGAAGAGUUGGAAAAAUUCCAGGAGGCCAUAGAUGCCCGGGAAGACUUCGUCAGCUGUGCUUUUGUGGUGCUCAUGGCACAUGGACAAGAAGGUCGCCUCAAGGGGGAGGAUGAGCAGAUGGUUGAGCUGGAGAACCUCUUUGAGGUUCUGAACAACAAGAAUUGCCUGGCCUUGAGAGGCAAGCCUAAGGUGUACAUCAUCCAGGCCUGUCGAGGAGAACAUAGGGACCCUGGUGAAACUAUAGGUGAAGACGAAAUUGUGAUGAUCACAAAAGACAGUCCCCAAACCAUCCCAACGUACACAGACGCCCUGCACAUCUACUCCACCAUGGAGGGAUACAUCGCCUACAGACAUGACAAGGAAGGCUCCUGCUUCAUCCAGACCCUGGUUGAUGUGUUCACAGAGAAUAAAGGACCCAUUCUGGAACUCCUGACUGAGGUGACACGGCAAAUGGCGGAAGCAGAGCUGGUUCAGGAAGGGAGACCCAGGAAAGUGAACCCUGAAAUCCAAAGCACCCUUCGGAAACAGCUCUAUCUGUAG